AUGCCUAUCAGAUACCACCAGCUUGUAACUUAUGAAAGCGGCCCAAAUAGCACUUAUGAAGAGCCAAAGCUCCACUCCUCACCCGGCUACUCCUCCGAAGGACCGUUGGAUGUGCAGGCUGAUGUUGAGGACCCAAUCAAAACUGAAAACAAGCGAAGGCGACGAGCUCUACGCUUUGGGUUCCUCUCUCUCCUGGCCGCCCUUUACAUGACUUUCUUUGUGGCCAAAUCUUUCCUUUCGGGAGGGUUUAUAAGGUCUUGUCACGGUAAACACCGUAUCGGCAAACACGGGGUGCAUCAGAAUGCGACCUCUGCCAAACUUCCUACAUAUUUUACCCUGCCCUCUGGUGACAAAAUACCAGCGAUUGCCCUAGGUGUUUGGCGUGCUGCGCCUGGUGAGGUCGGAGAGGCAGUCAAGGCUGCGCUCAAAGUUGGUUAUAGGCAUGUAGAUGAUGCCUGGAUCUAUGGUAACGAACGCGAGGUUGGAGAGGCCAUUAGAGCGAGUUCUGUUCCUCGCAAAGACAUCUGGCUCACCUCAAAACUAUGGAACACUUUUCACGCCCCGGAAGAUGUUGAACCAGCACUCGACGAGUCCCUGGCAAGGCUCGGAACGGAUUACCUUGACUUGUAUCUCAUCCAUUGGCCUGUCGCGUUCAAGAAAGGUGGAAAUACAGUUGACUUCGAUCUCACAGAAAACCCGUAUCCAACCUGGCAAAAACUUGAGCAAAUGGUAGAGAAAGGGAAAGUGAGAAACAUUGGGAUUAGCAACUUUAACAUUCGACGCAUCCAGAAUUUAACCUCCAACCCAUUGAAAAUCCAACCUGCUGUCAAUCAAGUCGAACUAAGCUACUGGAACCCGCAACCAGAGUUGGUAAAGUGGUCGAAAGAGAAUGGGCUGCUUCUUGAGGCCUAUUCUCCUUUAGGAAGUGCCGAAAAGGUGAAGGAAAGCCUUGAAAUCCCUGAGGUGCUGGUGAUUGCAAAAGAAACAGGAUUGACCCCAGCUCAAGUCUAUAUAUCUUGGCAUAUCCAACGCGGGACUGUUGUUCUCCCCAAGAGUGUCCACCCCGUUCGUGUCGAAGAGAAUUUCCAUGUCGCUCCUCUGUCCUCGGACGCCUUCGAAAGGCUGGAAAAGGCAGCAACCAGCCACGAGCCAUUUAGGGCUGUCGAUCCUCAUUGGGGUAUUGACAUCUGGAAUUGA